CUCUUUCUCCCUCUCUGUGAAAGUAGGUUUGAAGAAGAUAACUCAGUGAAUCCCAAGAAGCUGCAUUUGCGGCCAUUUCGCGCAAUUCAAGCAUCCGCUUACGGAAGUCCCCAAAAUCUCUUAUCUCUACCGAGUUAUCUCCCUUGAUCCGCUGCAAUGGAUUCUCGGGAGCCACCUCACUCAUCGCCACCGUCCCGCUUACAACAUCAACAUUCAUCAGCGCCACCAAACAUUAUGAUACCUCCUGGUUCUUUCUCCUCCGCCAUGCCCAACCCCAUCCCUUCUUCCUUGAUCAACCCCAAUUCCUCGCCCAUGCUGAUGGCCCCUGCUACCGCCCGAUUCCCCUUCACCACAUUUGUAUCACAAUCCCGUUCUCCUCCUCCUCCUCCGCCUCCUCCGCCUCCAUCGAAGCCUUCCGAACCUUUAAGCAUCACUUCUCCCUACGAAGGCUCCUCCUCUGCGCUGAGGCCCUGCGGGUUGAGUUUUGAUUGUCCGAAGAAGAAGAGAGGCCGGCCCAGGAAGUAUUCGCCAGAUGGUAGCAUUGCUUUGGGUUUGGCUCCUACGCCUUUGUCUUCUUCUUCUGCCCCCGCUGAUUUGAGUGCCACAUCCGGGGAACCACCGGCUAAAAAGAGUAGGGGAAGGCCGCCGGGCUCUGGAAAGAAGCAACUGGAUGCUCUUGGAGUUGGCGGGACAGGCUUUACUCCACAUGUAAUCAUGGUGAAAACUGGGGAGGACAUUGCAGCAAAGAUUAUGUCCUUUUGUGAACAAGGGCCACGUUCAGUCUGUAUUCUUUCUGCUAAUGGUGCAGUCUGCAAUGCCACCAUUCGACAGUCAGCUACAUCAGGUGGUACAAUGUACUACGAGGGUCGAUAUGAGAUUAUAUCUAUAUCAGGUUCUUUCAAUCCAUGCGAAGACGGUGGUUGUAGAACAGGUGGUUUGAGUGUCACUCUUGCAGCGGCUGAUGGAAAAAUUGUCGGUGGUAGUGUUUCUGGAAUGCUAGUUGCAGCAUCACCAAUACAGGUGAUUGUGGGCAGCUUUAUUGUGGAGGGGAAGAAAAAGUCGAGCUCAAAAAAGGAGAUAUCUGGGCCCUCCUCAGCAGCAACGCCCCCGGGAACUCAAAUGCUAAAUUUUGGUGCUUCAUCUGUGACUCCAACCAGUGCUGCCUCUCAGGGAGUUUCAGGGGAUUCUUCUGAUGACCACAACGACAGUCCAUCGCAGAGGGGAUCUGGGUCUGGCACUGGGUCUGGGACUGAGCCUGGCCUCUAUAGUAGUGUUAGCCAGCCCAUUCAUAAUACGCAAUGGAAUCAUCAACUAUGGACCGGCCAAAAUCCACAACGAUGAUGGCUUUUUCUAUUUAUUUAUUUAUUUUAGAUUUAAGCUUAACAGUGCAGAAGCAGGGUAAUUGCGUGAUGAUUGUUCGCGGCAGUGGAAAGCAUUAACAUGCGUCGAAGACAGAAUUCACAAUAUAGUCUGUCUUAAGCU